CCCACACACACACAUACUCUCUGCUCUCUCCUGCUGUGUGCCAGUCCCUCUCUGCCUCUCCACUCUAAGCUCCGUUCUCUUGUCCUUUCCACAUCCCUCCACCGCUUCUCUUUUCUUCCUCUUGUCAGUGAUAGCAAGUCGGCUCUGACCCGUCUGCCUCUACAAGUUAAACGGACCUCAGGCUGCUACUCCCCCUCCCUCAGAACUACCCCACCCCCCACCCCUCCCCGAAGAAUUUACUUUCACCUAGUUUUUUUAGUUUUUGUCCUGCUGUCCUGCACCUUCCCCUCCGGAGAGGCCGGUUGGUGCGUGUCUGGCGCGUGCGAGGGCUCUGUUGGCGUGCUCGCUGCCCCGAGGGAACCCCUAACGCUUGUGACUGCAGGGGGAAAACUUGUUCGCCACAAUGAACAUCCAGCUGCUGCUCGCGUUGGCCCUGGUCGGCCCUUUCUGUGCCUUCACACAUGCAAGCCCCACAGAGCGCCCCAAAGACCUUGAUGCUGAGAGCCACCGUGUACCUAAUGUUACAGACGCUCCUGCAGUGGACUUGACUGCAAUCACUGGUCCGCCUGCAACCGAACCAAAGGCGGUCCAACAGGAAGUUCCGGCAACAGAAGGGGCGGCGGCAACAGAAGCAGCCACGGCAACGGAAGCAGCCACGGCAACGGAAGCAACCACGGCAGCAGCUGCAGCCACGGAAGUUGCCACCGAGGCAGCGCUUCCCACCAGCUCAUCCAAUACUGUUGAGAUAGAAGUCGCAGCCACUGCUACUGCAUCUCCCUUAGUCACUGAUCCUCCUGCGGUGAACACAUCGGACCCCAGUCACACAGCAGAGGACGAAGCGAGGACAGAAGACGCGGUGGUGGUUGUUGAAGAAGAGUCAGAUGAGGGCAUGAGCUCUGGCCAGGUAGUCGGCAUCGUGAUUGGCGUUCUGUUGGCAGUGGUCAUCGCCAUCGCCGUGGGGAUCGCUGUGGUGAGGAGAAUGGGAAAAUACUCCCCUUGAGGAAGAAGUCAGCCAAGCGGCCGGAGCGCUCAAAGUUCUGGAAAUCCUGAACUACUGAACUGUGACGUCAUUCACGACCAUUAAAACAAGCACCAUACCGUAACUAAAGUAAUCUAACCAGCACUCUGGACUGUUGCCAAAUAGUAUCUGUAUAGUAGAGUAUCUGACCUGUAGGCAUAAAACCUAUCCCUCAAAGAAUGACUGAUUUAGAUUUUCAUGGAAGUUUGAGAGGACAUAAAAAUGGAUAUUACUGAAAAAACAAAAGGAAGUUGAUAACAAAUGGAAGGUGGCAGCAGUAGAAAUUGCUACAAAUUCCACAGAAUGUAUAUAUACCACACAAGGGGACUACAUAGUACACAGCUAAUUACUUUCUCAUAUGUUGCAGUUGCAUAGGCGAGCGUUUGUUAUUAUGGAAUACACAGUACAUGCAGGCAGGCUGUUGUUGUGGCUACCAGAACUUUUAAAGCAACCCUGAGCACUAGUUAAAAUAUUCUCUCAUGUAGCCAGAAUCCCAGAUAUGUUGGCCAACUGUAUGCAGCACCGUGUGCACAAGCUUUUUUGACAUAAUGCCCUGAGGAGCGAACGGCAAAGAAAAGGCACCCUGGUUUGCAAGAGCAACGUGACAUUCUGCCCACUUUAACACUGACCUAAUACAUAUCUGUGAAAUUCAGCAGAAGGGUUUGUGCCACUGUCUCUGGUAUUCUCUAGGUAGUUUGGAGGACUUUAACUUUUCAAGUGCAUUAUUAAUGUGAAUUGACUGUACUUUUUUAACUGCCACCCAUUCCAGACAGAACGGCUUGUAUGACCUGUUCCAUAUUAAGGCUUGCACACAGCCCUAUUAGACAUAGUGAUAGCAUUGUCUUGAAAAUGUCUUCAUAGUACUUUUGUUAAUAGUUAGAUUACCAGAACAGCAAACCGGUCGUUAAAUUGAGCUAACCCCCUGAUUGCGUGCACAGGAUGACAUUUAAUAGUUGCACUUAGUUUUAGUACACAGUAUUAGGCAGUAAGGCCCUAUUUUGUUAUUUUUGCAAUUGUAAGUGUGCCGAAUGGGUGAACAAAUAAUGAUGUCUCAGCUUCGCUCUGCUUGCCUUGCAAACUCGUUUAACAUGUGCACUGAAUGAGUGAUGUAAUGUUUAAUGAAUAGGUUUUAGACACUGCAAAAGUUUGCAACGACAUGUCUUUGUUUCCUCUCCUCAGCUUUGCUACAUACCAUCAGUUCUAGGUUUAAUUUGUGCGAUCCCUUUUAUUUAAUUGCAGUGUUUUUGUUCCUACUGUUUCAAUAAUAAACUGAAAACACUCCAAAAAAAGUAUUUU